AUGAACGCCUGGAAGGGCUUCCUGCCCAUCGCUCCGCUCUUUGUAUUUGGGCUCUGGCUAGUCUGGCUGGGUGGUGAGAAUCACGAGGCACCGUCCUCGCAGCCCUCCGUGGCAUCGCCGCAGGAGGCGAGCGCGACACAAGGGGGCAAAGCUGGCGGGAAGAACCAAAGCAAGGUCGAUGUUCCACAGCAAUCGCGUGUGGAAUACCGCCUACCUUCCGCUGUCGCGUCCGCUCUGCAAUCUAUAUCGACAAGAGCCACCCAAGAUCUUUGGGGUCAGCAAGCAUUCACCACGGACGAGGCGUCCGUCGAACAGCUUGCGCAAAGACGUGCAAAUUCUCUGGCUCGGCUUUCAAAACGUCUUGCAGGCGACAUGCGUGCGAAAGAGGAGCUUGGCACGUCCUUGGGGGCAUGGUUGACGAUGAUCAGCCAGCACUUGCUCGGCCUCGUGGGUCGGGUCCGAGCCAUCGGCAACAAGCUCGACGAAGAUAUUGUUGCAGUUGUGGGAGAACUGCAGGAGGUUCUCGUACACCAGCCUUCAACGGCAUCCUCCGAGAAAGUGGCUGCGGCGACAUCUGCCCUUGGUGCCGUCUGGCAUGGUGCGCAGGAGGCCGAAAUUCAACGCAUUGCUGUUGCGCUGAAGGCUUUUGCUGCUGUCGGCACGCCGACGACUAUGCCGAGCCACCUGGCUCACGCUGGCGGGGGACAGUCGAGCUCGGGUCAACCUCAAGCACCUGCUCCUUUCCACAUGGGCGAGAUCCUUGCUGGACCGACUGCUGUGUUGCCUUCGGCCCGCGAGGGAUCCGAGGUCAGCUUUGGUGGCGCGUUUCAGGAUGUGAAUAUGGCGCCUCAUCCUGGGAGCGAUACCGUGGAGCCGGCCCACAGACAGGUCACACGGUGGCGAAAGCGCGGAAGUGGGACUGCGGACGACGCGGAACUUGUGCCGGAUCCUGGAGCUGUCCAAGAGGCUUGGUGCCGUGCAUGGCUGGCAGUCCUGGCCAUGGUUGCCGACAGCGGAUCGGACGUUGUCGGGGAGCUGUCCGUGUGUACGGAGCAGGAUGCAGCCCUGCCUGGUGUCGUCGACGACCAAGCAGUGGAGCAGGUUGUACAGGCAGCGGAUGGUGCCUGGGACAUGUUGCUCCAUGUGGUUGCAGGGCCCUCUCUGCAGCUACUGGAAGACCUCCACCUUCGUCUACAAGACGUCUUGCAUCGCCUGCGGAGUUGCACCGGUGCCUUGUCCAAGGUACGCCAAGGAGUGCUUGUAGCGGCACAUGCAGCCACUGGGAGCAUCUACGACCCCUUCAGCUAUGCCCCCGGGACGUGGCAAGAAUGGCUACACCCAUCGCUUGUGGUGGAGCAGGAUUCUGUGCCGGAUUUCAUGUCCCUUCCCACGAAAUGUGGUGAAUCCUACAGACCGCUGAAUCUGCGACACUGGUUGAAGCGGUUCUUUCAAUGGGGAGCUCCGAGAAGCGCAUACCUCCAUGCCUGCCGGGAUGCUUUGACACAUGUGACAGCUUGCCCUGCUGAUGGCGACUCGGUGGGUUCUGCUUGGGCAGACCUCACUUGGGCGGUCGUAUGGGCCCAGACUUUCGUGGCGACGCUCUUGGCAGCUUGGCAGUACUUUGUCGGCUACCGCAUGGUGGACUGCGGAUGGGGUCUGGUCUUUUACCCCCAGGUCCUUCUCGCCCUGUCUUGGGCAUUGCAUCAAUGGCACCGUGCCUAUGAGCUUGUCCUGACUUCGGCUUGGGUCAUUUGCCUCAAGGUUGCUGUGUUUCGGAUGCCUAGUGUGGUCUGUGGCGCGGGGGGCCCUUCAGCGGGUCUUAAGAUUCAAGGGGCUCGAUACCGUGCCAAAGUGCGUCCAUGCCGAUCCAGUGGGCCACGCUUAAAGGUGACGAUUCUUUUGCUCUAUCUCUCCGUCGCCGAUGGCGCCACCCUUCACCUUGGUGCGGCGGUUGUCUCCUCCUGGUGUCUGCGAUUUCCUACUGCUGUGCAAUUGCAUGCCCAUGGAUUCCAUGAGGGCCUCCCUGUCCUCAGUACAGGGCCUGUCCUGCCCACUCCCACUGCCGAGGAAAUGUGUGAAGUUUACCCUGUCGGUCGCACGGGGAACUUGCUUCUCCCCCGCACUGACCGCAGUCGUCGGCACAUCGCUGUUUUUGUGGGCACACCGCCUGGUGCCCCCAUUCUCGAGCCGUGCCCCGUCCCUUUUCUGGUUGACGAAUGGCUGCAUGGGCCGCUUUUGCAUGCUCGGCUUGCCGCUACUUUGGGCUUCCCUGCAGGAGUCUUCUCCGCCUCAGCCAUCCGUGGGGUCCUUCCCGGACUGCCAAGCGAGCAGCUUCUUCUCACUCCGGCUACUUGUUCAUGGCGUCAAGUUUGGCUGCCGGUUGACCUUCGGCCGCUGGGAGGCCGUCUCUGCAUGCUUAUGUGUCCUCGUGACUCCACUUGCAGGGCUAUUGCGGUCCUCGCUCUCGCCGCCCAGACGAUGCAGACUGAGGUUGACCUUCUGCUCGCUAAGUGCUCCUGGGGAUGGUUGACGCUCAUGUCCCAACCCCUCUUUUUGCAGGAUGUCGACACUUUGCAGUUCCAGAUUGGCCCAGCUGCGGAUGUGUUGCAAGGACCUGUUGGCUCCUCCUUGGACCCGCCCCUUUCGUUGUUCUCGGCCAUGCAGGUGAGCCUCCCGACGGCACCCUCAGCCCAUGAAGCCUUCCCGGGUCACUCGCACAACCAAGCGGUCCUUAUCACCCCUAAUGGACUGGUCUACGUCGAGGCCCCCGUGUUUGCCGACGCAGCCACUUUUCGACGCAUUGUGUCAACCAGGGCGUCCUCCAGUGCCUCUGGGGGGUUCUCCGCAUUUGGCAUCCGCUUCCUUCAUUGCCUCUUGUGCAGUUCAUGGAGGUACACUGUGCUGGUGAUGAGGUGCCCUGCAUCCUUGACUUCCGGCCCGUUGGCUGGAGGCUGA